UCCUCGGCGCCUCUUUCUUAACUUUUUCGGUUCUUUCACCGAUCCCGCCAUCUUUUCCCUGGGUUCCUUCCGUCACGCCCUUCUGCAAUUUUCUUCCUUCCUUUCCUUCGUAAAGAUUUUCCAUAUGACCAUUUAGCGCGUCGUCUUUAGGUGACCAAGAUGUCGGACGCGUUGAUCAACGGCGUCGCUGGAGCCGGAGCUGGCAUUGUCGCGCAGUUGAUCACGUACCCACUCCAAACAGUUAAUACUCGUCAGCAGACAGAACGCCAGCCAAAAGAUGCCUCUGGAGAAGAACUGUUAAUUGCAUCCAAGAGGUUGGCAAAGAGGAAUUUGGGAACAAUAGGACAAAUAUGCCAGGUUAUAAAACAGGAAGGAUGGGGACGUUUGUAUGGUGGCCUUAUGCCUUCCUUAGCUGGUACAGCAGCAUCACAGGGCGUUUAUUACUAUUUCUAUCAAAUAUUCUGGACCAAUGCAGAAGCUGCAGCUAUCAAUCGUUUCAGUAAAGGAUCUGGUGAUGGAACUGUUGGAAUAUUUUCCUCACUUCUUGUUGCAGCAUUAUCUGGGUGCUUGAAUGUGCUUUUGACAAAUCCAAUAUGGGUUGUGGUUACUCGCAUGCAGACACAUACAAAAGUUUUGAAGAAAAACCAGGCUGAUCCUCUGAAAAGAAUCCCUCCUGAAGCACCCCAGAUUUCUCCACUUGAACCUUCUUCUCCUUUUGGAACAAGUCAUGCGGUUCAGGAAGUGUAUGACGAAGCUGGAGUUUUGGGUUUCUGGAAGGGUGUGGUUCCAACUCUAAUCAUGGUGAGCAAUCCUACUUUACAAUUCAUGCUGUAUGAAACCAUGCUGAAGCAACUAAAGAGAAGACGUGCUUUGAACAAGAAAGGACGAAACGGGGCCACUGCCUUGGAGAUUUUCCUUCUUGGAGCAAUUGCAAAACUUGGAGCGACUGUUGUCACAUAUCCCCUUCUUGUUGUUAAGUCAAGACUUCAAGUAAAGCAAGUUUCAGGGGCUGACAAGCGGCAUCACUACAAAGGUACUCUUGAUGCUAUUGGGAAAAUGAUUCAACAUGAGGGCUUUGGUGGCUUUUACAAAGGAAUGAACACUAAGAUUGUGCAGAGUGUGCUUGCUGCUGCAAUCUUGUUCAUGGUCAAGGAAGAGCUUGUAAAGGUAGCUCGGGUGCUUGUGACAGGCAAUGUUGGCCUCGUUGAAAAGGUGAAAACUAGAACGUCUUAGUAUGUUAUUAUAAACCUUGGUUGCAUCAUAGAUGCUCCCAAUUGUAUUCGUCCGGUGAGAAAAUUGGCUCCCUUGUGAUAUAGCUUAGAAAUAGCACAUAAAAAAUAUUGGAGGACUUCCAAUAGAAUGAAUGGGCAACUACCCAAGAUUCUAGUUGCAAUUCUAAACAUUGUGUGUCUCUGAUAUUUCAGAGUCUGCAAAUGACAGUGACUCAAUUGAUUUUGCAGUAAAAUAGAUUUCUUGGAAGUUA